UUGCUGUAGUCUAUAAAAUUUGAGCAAGAACAAGAGGAAACUCACUUCAGCCGCACCCUUCACGUACUGCGCGUGGGAGGCUACGAGGCCGGGUUGUUGUUGGUUGGAGGACAUGGCGAGGUUUGUAGCUUGUGUGAAUGGAAAUAGAGUAAAGAUGGAUUGGAAGGCUAUGUGGUAUGUAUGGUACGUUGCGAUUCGAUUUGUGAUGUUACGUGGAUGCGAUGUUGAUGUUGUAUUUCAGGUACUCGAUGAAAGAUCAUUGACGUCAUGGACGACCCGGGCUCGCAUCAUUGUCACAUGGACACGCGACAUCGGUUGGCACGCGCAGAUGCUCAGCCCCUGACUACCGAAUGCACACUCGCGAAUCGAAUAGUUUCGAGUAGAUGGUCGCCGCAAACAUGAUGUCGACUUUCAUUCUAUUUAAUCAGUUUUAGGAACUG